AUGUCAUCAACUGCGAGGGUGCCACUUAUGGAUAUGAGAUUAGGAUGGGAAUGGCCAGACCAACAGAUACGACAGGCACAAGAUGAGUAUAUACGUUCAAGUAACCGAUUUGAUUUGUUUUUAGACACCCACCAAGACAACCACUACCCAAUGCCAAAUCCAACAAAUACCGACCAACAGUACUUCAACGCGCAACGGCAUCCGGCCCCGCAAGUACAAUCACGGUGCACAAUUCCAAGCUCGAAACAAACCAAACCGUACGCACAACCAAACAACGCCCAACAGCAUGUCGCUCCACCAAUUACAUUAUUGGUCGAUAAUCCACGCGGACAAAGCACCACGGCACAGCAGCACCAGAACACGACAACAAUACCAACCACUAAAUCAAAUCAUGUCAUAUUAUCAGACUCAACAAUGCCACGAUUCCGACUGCCGCAACUCUGCAACAACACGGUCAACAUUCGUAUAAAAUCCAACUCCGGCUUUGGUGUACGAGACUACACCAACAAAUCACCAGUGGUCAGCUGA